AUGAAGUCCAGAACUAUGGGGUUUUCCAGGUUGCUACUCCUGGCGCUUCCAGCUUGCCUUGCCAUUGUUGGCCUGUCGUACGCGGCAGAGAAGGUCCCCAUACUGAACAUUGCCGUGAUCCUGGGACGAACGCGCUACAUUUCCGACAGAGACAUUCGGGCUCUGUGGAGCAAGGACGAUCCCAUUGACGUCAACGUGGUGACCCUCCUGGUGAACGAGACCGACCCCAAAAGCAUAAUCACCCAUGUCUGUGAUCUCAUGUCUGGGACCAAAAUCCACGGCGUGGUGUUCGGGGACGGCACCGACCAGGAAGCCAUUGCACAGAUUUUGGAUUUUAUCUCCUCCCAGACUUUGAUACCCAUUCUAGGCAUCCACGGAGGUUCUUCUAUGAUCAUGGCGGACAAGGAUGUAAAAUCCACAUUCUUCCAGUUUGGGGCCUCCAUUCAGCAGGAAGCCCUCCUCAUGCUGAACAUCAUGGAAGAGUAUGAUUGGCACGUCUUCUCCAUAGUGACCAGCAAGUUCCCUGGUUACCAGGACUUCAUCGCCAUCCUCAAAACCACCGUGGAUAACAGCUUUGUGGGCUGGGAUUUACAAAACAUCAUCACCUUGGACGCGGUGGACGGAGACACCAGGACCCAGAUCCAGCUGAAGAAAGUUCAGUCUCCGGUGAUUUUACUCUACUGCUCCAAGGACGAGGCGGCCUACAUCCUGGAGGAGGCUCGCUCGCUCGGCCUGACGGGCUUCGGCUACAUCUGGAUCGUUCCCAGCCUCACCACGGGGAAUCCGGACAUCACUCCGGACGAGUUCCCAUCGGGGAUGAUCUCUGUCUCCUACGACGACUGGGACUACCCUUUGGAGGCGCGCGUGAGGGACGGCCUGGGGAUUAUCACCACCGCGGCCACGGCCAUGCUGCAGGAAUUUGGGGAUAUUCCUGAGGCAAAGACUAGCUGCUAUGGCCAAAUGGAGAAAACCAAGUUACCUCCCAGUGCUUUACACAAGUACAUGAUGAACGUAAGCUGGGACGGCAGGGACUUGUCCUUCACAGAGGAUGGCUACCAGGAGCAUCCCAAACUGGUCGUCAUUGUGCUGAACAAGGACAGGGAGUGGGAGAAGAUGGGCAAAUGGGAGAACAGGAGCCUGACCCUGAAGUUCCCAGUGUGGCCGCGCUUUAACUCUUUCGGGGACGCGGAGACGGACGACAAUCACCUGAGCAUCGUGACUCUGGAGGAGAAGCCUUUUGUCAUCGUGGAGGACGUGGAACGCCUCACGGGCACCUGCAUGAGGAACUCAGUCCCCUGUCGCAAGCACAUCAAAGAUAACAGCACUGAGGGAGGAGGGACUUACAUCAAAAAGUGCUGUAAGGGCUUCUGUAUCGACAUCCUGAAGAAGAUCGCCAGGAACGUGAAGUUCACCUAUGACCUCUACCUGGUAACCAAUGGGAAGCAUGGGAAAAAGAUCAACAAUGUCUGGAACGGCAUGGUGGGAGAGGUGGUGUAUAAAAAGGCAGUCAUGGCCGUGGGCUCUCUGACAAUCAAUGAAGAACGCUCAGAGGUCAUUGAUUUCUCUGUCCCCUUCGUGGAGACAGGGAUUAGUGUGAUGGUGUCCCGGAGCAACGGGACCGUCUCUCCAUCAGCGUUUCUGGAGCCCUUCAGCGCGUCCGUGUGGGUGAUGAUGUUUGUGAUGCUGCUUCUGGUGACAGCCAUGGCUGUCUUCAUGUUUGAGUACAUCAGCCCUCUCGGAUUCAACAGGAACCUCGCCCAAGGCAAAGAUCCUCACGGACCCUCUUUCACCAUGGGGAAAGCGGUAUGGCUGCUUUGGGGUCUGGUCUUUAACAACUCUGUACCUGUCCAGAACCCCAGAGGUACCACCAGCAAGUUCAUCGUGUCAGUGUGGGCCUUUUUUGCUGUCAUCUUCCUGGCUAGCUACACUGCUAACCUGGCAGCCUUUAUGAUCCAAGAGGAGUUUGUGGACCAGGUCACAGGGCUGAGUGACAAGAAGUUCCAGAGCCCUUACUCCUACUCCCCCCCUUUCCGUUUUGGAACCGUUCCCAACGGCAGCACGGAGAGGAACAUCAGGAAGAACUAUCCGGACAUGCACCAGUACAUGGUCAAGUACCAUCAGACCGGGGUGCAGGACGCGUUGGUCAGCCUAAAGACCGGUAAACUGGACGCCUUCAUCUACGAUGCAGCCGUGUUGAACUACAUGGCAGGCAGGGAUGAAGGCUGUAAACUGGUGACCAUUGGGAGUGGGUACAUCUUUGCCACCACGGGCUAUGGCAUUGCCCUGCAGAAAGGCUCCUACUGGAAACGGCAGGUCGACCUGGCCAUCCUCGCCAUUAUCGGAGACGGUGAGAUGGAGGAGCUGGAGGCCCAGUGGCUGACUGGGAUCUGCCACAAUGAGAAGAACGAGGUGAUGAGUAGUCAGCUGGACGUGGACAACAUGGCCGGCGUCUUCUACAUGCUGGCCACAGCGAUGGGGCUGAGCCUCAUCACCUUCAUCUGGGAGCAUUUGUUCUACUGGAAACUUCGCUACUGCUUCACCGGCGUGUGCUCCGGAAAACCCGGACUGCUCUUCACCAUCAGCAGGGGCAUUUGGAGUUGUAUUCAUGGUGUCCACAUCGACAUGAAGAAGAAGUCAUCUGAUCUAGACUUCAGCCCGCAGGCCAACAUGCUAAAGCUCAUCAAAUCGGCCAAACAGAUGACGAACAUGACCAACCUCAGCGGCUCGCGGAUCAACUCCCCCAAACGCGGCUCUGACUUCAUGCACUCAGCCAGCCCCAUGAUCAUGGACAUGAUGGCGGAGAAAGGGAACUUCGUAUACACGGACAAUCGCAGCUACGCCCAAAAGGACAUGAUCUACGGAGACUCAGGUGACCUGCAGACGUACCUGGCCAAUCGCCACAAAGACCACCUCAACAACUACAUCUUCCAAGGCCAACACCCUCUCACCCUGAACGAAUCCAAUCCCAACACGGUGGAGGUGGCAGUGACUGCGGAUGCAGCUCAGACCAACGCCAAACCCAGAGCCCUGUGGAAGAAAUCAGUGGACACAGUACGUCAGGGGCAGGGUCCUGACACGCUGACCCCGGACCCUCGCGUGUCGAUGAAGAGCCAGAGGUACCUUCCGGAAGAGGCAGCUCACUCUGAUAUCUCUGACUGUUCGAGCAGGGCCACCUCCUACAAGGAUCCGGACAACAACAAGCACCUGAAGCCCAAGGACAACUUAAAAAAAAGAUCGAUGACGUCAAAAUACCCAAGGGAUUGCAGUGAAGUGGAGCUGUCCUACUUAAAGAGUAAGCAGGGCAACUCAACUCGCGAAAAAAUCUACACCAUAGACUCUGACCGGGAGCUGAGUCUGCACUCCGAUCCAAUGCACUACAGAGAGAGAGGUGGCCUCGGAGACGAUGUGGAUUACCCCGAAAUGUACUCGGAUCAAAACGACAACUACAGGAAAUGCGACCAGCCCAUCAUCCAUCUAAACAGCAGCCCUCUCCACCACACCGAUUCCGAUCUCCUGCCCGACAACGCCUACAACAAGCAUUACAGCCUGAAGGAGAAAAACCUCAGCCCGCACGAAUCAAACGACCGCUUUAAACAGACACAUUGCCGCAGCUGCCUGUCCAAGGUGCCGAACUAUCCAGCUGGGCAUUACUCGGCCGCGCGCUCUCCAUAUAACCGCUGUGAGGCUUGCCUGCACAUGGGCAACCUGUACGACAUCAGCGAGGACCAGAUGCUGCAGGAGGCCGUCGUUAGCCCCAGCAUACACCAGGACGAGAUGUUCGGACGCUACUGGCCCCAGACGGACGGGCCUCACGUUCAGAAGAGGAACAGACUAAGGCUGAGCCGGCAACACUCAUUUGACAAUAUCAUGCUGGAGAAGCCUAAAGAGGUCGACCUGAACAGGCCAGCACGUAGCGUCAGCCUCAAGGAAAAAGACCGCUUCCUGGAGGACAGCCAUUACGCGAACAUGUUCAACAUCAAAUCCGACAGACUCUUCGGCAGCAGGUCCAUGCUCUUCAACCACAACCUAGAGGAGAGCAAGCGCAGCAAGUCACUUUACCCAGACCACACCUCAGACAACCCCUUCAUGCACUCUUUGCGGGACGACACCCGCCUUGUUCACGGGAGGAGCUCAUCUGACAUUUACAAACAAUUGGCCCCUAUCAAAUCCAGGAACGAAAACAACCUGAGGUCCUCAGUGAAGUCCACCACUUCAUACUGUUCCAGGGAUGGUCGAAUAGCCAAUGACAUGUACAUUUCAGAGCAAGGAAUGCCUUAUGUAGCCAAUAAGACUAGUGCAUACUCAGCUCCCCGGGUCCUAAAUUCUUCUCAGUUCAGCAAUAGACGCGUGUAUAAGAAAAUACCUAGUCUCGAGUCAGAUGUUUAA